CAUCUGCGAUUGCCAGCAAGAAGCAGCAAAUUCCAACACCUGCGUGCUUACGUCACUUUUUGGCCUUGCAUCUUAUUCUCUUCCGUGGCCUCGCCAGCAAAGAACCACUCCGGAGGAGCUUCCAAGUUCCAACACCUGGUCUAAGCUAAGCUCUCCUAUCACUCUCUCCUAUACAAAUAUCGAAAUGGGAUCGGUGUUCAGCUCAAGCACAAAGAGAAAAGAAGAUAUAGAAAUGGCGUUGACCAAGGUUAAGGAGAUUGUAUCCUCCACGCCCGUCGUUGUCUUCAGUAAAACUUACUGUGGUUAUUGCAAGAGAGUGAAACAGCUGCUCACACAGCUAGGAGCAGCCUACAAGGUCAUUGAAUUGGAUGAAGAAAGGGAUGGAGAUGACAUUCAAUCAGCUCUAGCAGAGUGGACUGGGCAAAGGACCGUACCUAAUGUGUUCAUUGGUGGGAAACACAUUGGUGGUUGUGACGUGGUUAUAGAGAUGUACCAGGCAGGUCAGCUUAUUCCCCUUCUCACCGAAGCUGGUGCCAUUGCUAAUAACUCUGCCCAGCUGUGAAUAAUGUAGAGAUCAGUCCUUUCUGUAAACGGUGUGAAGAGAAGAAACGCAAGCAAUAGCAAUGGUCCUAAGGUCCACUGGUCCAGGCUCAUAGACCAGACUAUAAUGCUGUGUAAUAACAAUAAAACCUUGAUGCUUAAAUGUUUUCUGAUAAUUGAAUGAACUGCUAUCUUA